CCCCCUGUGCGCUCCUCAGUCCGCCGCUGCCUCUUCCAGCCGCUCCAAACCCAUUUUACGCAGCAGUGGAACGCAGAGCAGACAUGGACAGACCCAAACUUUAACUUCCCUCAGUGCCCUCUCUUGCUUACUCUCUCUCCGCCUUCUAUCCUCUCCUCCCCUACCCCCUUUUUUUUGCUGAAUGAAAAGCCUCCUUCCAGGGCUCUGAGGACGCAUGGAGAUCUAAUUUUGCACCACUUUUCGGUCCAGUCUUGGUGGAGGCUGUUGUUGUUGUUGGCUGUUGUUGUUAUUGUUUCGCCGUUCCCUUGGUUUUUAUGGUUUACUAAUGCGUCGGGAAUGCCAUGGCCACUCCGAGCGCACAGCAGCAGCACCAGGAUUAUUUCAGAUCGGUGAGCAGCGAGUCCACCACCUACAUGAUGGUCCCUGCCGGCGGGCCGAGCGGGACGGGACGCAGGGAAGCGCCGUCCAAGAUGUGGGUGGCUAUGGUGGUGAUAGUAGUGGUGGUGCUGCAGAUCGCCUCCACCACGGGGCUUUUUGUCUACCUGAACAUGUCUAUAUCACAGGUGCGUAGUCAGGGGGUGACAGAAGAGCUGAAGUGUCUGAGUUUACUGAACGCUCUGGAUAAAGACCAGGACAUCCCAGACCAACUGGCCCAGCUCUUCGGAGAGCCCUGUAUCAAACUGGCAGAAGGCAUCAAAGCGUACAUCUCCAAGGUAACAGAGAACAUCAUCUCCAAACAAACCUUCAUAGAGGCGAGAACCAUGCCUCGUAAUUUCAACACCUCGGGGUCAAAGUUCAUGACCUCCGUGGCCCAGAGGCCAUCUGCCCACUUGACCCUCCGAGACACGAACUCGCAAGGGUUUCCUCCAUACCCUAUCCCCACACCGGGUCUACAUCAGUCCUGUCGUCACGUGGUCCGCUCCUGGGCCAAUCAGAGCUUUGGAGCUCACCUGCACAACAUGACCCUGUCCAAUGGGAAGCUGCGGGUUCCACAGGAUGGGCGAUACUACCUGUACUCACAGGUGUAUUUCCGUUACCCAUCUCCAGCCGCCAGUGACGGAGACCAGCGCAGCGUCAGCCACCAACUGGUGCAGUGUGUGUACAAGAAAACAUCCUACCCAAGCCCCAUCCAGCUCCUGAAGGGGGUGGGAACCAAAUGCUGGGCUCCGGACGCAGAGUACGCCCUCCACUCCGUCUACCAGGGAGGACUGUUCGAACUGAGGGCCGGCGACGAACUCUUUGUCUCCGUCUCUUCCCCCACGAUGGUCAACGCAGAUGAUUCCUCCAGCUACUUCGGGGCUUUCCGUCUGGACCUCUGAGAGAAAGAAACGGAGACGAAAAGAAAUGGAUUGGGCGAAGUAUUGGUGAAUCGGAGAGCUGGAGACGUGACUUAAGGGGCCUUUUGAAUAUCCGGGGAUUGGAAUAAGGGUCAUACUGAUGGCCUGGAGCUUGGAUCUUCAGUGUUUGGCUGGAUAGAUGCAUUGAAGAACGGAAAGACUGGGGUUUGAAGGCCUUCUUUGAAGUGGGAAAUGCUGCAACACAAGAGUUUUUACCUUCCUUUAUCCUCCUUAAAGUGAAAUCAUGAUUUAAAGAGAUAUAUGUGCAAUCACCUGAAAACAAAUGUGAGGAUUCUUGCUGAUUCUCGGGGAUGGAAAAAUUGUUUUUUUGGAGAAGUUAGCCCCAGGAAAAACAAUCCAAACUGUGAGGUCUUCCUGUUAAAAAGA